GAGUGAGGGAGCAGAGGGAGAGAGGGGAGCUCUCGCUGCCUGUCGGCCGGGUGGAUGAAGCCGGCGCCAGUGAUCCGCUCGGGCAGCCCCUGCUCCCCCCCGUCCCUGGGAGCAGAGCGGCUGUCCGCUCAGGGCAUCCCCUUCCACAUCCAGAUCGGCCUGAGCAGAGAGCCCGUCAUCCUGGAUGGCAGCGACUUCUCCCUCGCACAUGUCCGGGAAAUGGCCUGUUCCAUCGUGGACCAAAAGUUUCCUGAAUGUGGAUUCUAUGGGAUGUACGAUAAAAUCCUCUUGUUUCGUCAUGAAUCCAACUCCGAAAACAUCCUACAGUUGGUGAAGGCUGCAACUGAUAUUCAAGAGGGAGAUCUGAUCGAGGUUGUCCUGUCAGCUGCUGCCACACUUGAAGAUUUCCAGAUUCGACCACACGCCUUGUUUGUCCAUUCCUACAGAGCCCCUGCUUUCUGUGAUCACUGUGGGGAGAUGCUGUGGGGAUUAGUGAGACAGGGUCUGAAAUGCGAAGGAUGUGGUCUCAACUACCACAAGAGGUGUGCAUUCAAAAUUCCUAACAACUGCAGUGGUGUGCGUAAGAGACGCCUCUCCAAUGUCUCACUGACAGGAUUAAGUACUUCACGGUCUGUCUCGAAUGAUCUGUCACCGAGUGCUGCAGAUGAGAUGCUGCUGCAGAAGGCACCAUCUGAGUCUUUCAUUGGAAGAGAGAAACGCUCAAAUUCACAGUCAUACAUUGGUCGUCCCAUUCAGCUGGAUAAGAUUUUCCUUUCCAAAGUUAAAGUGCCUCACACAUUUGUAAUUCAUUCUUACACCCGGCCCACUGUUUGCCAGCACUGUAAGAAGCUCUUGAAAGGGCUUUUUAGACAGGGUGUGCAGUGUAAAGAUUGCAAAUUCAACUGUCAUAAACGUUGUGCCCCAAAAGUGCCAAAUAAUUGCCUUGGUGAAGUGGCUAUUAAUGGAGAUUUGCUUAGCCCUGGUGCAGAAUCAGAUGUGGUAAUGGAAGAAGGAAGUGAUGACAAUGACAGUGAAAAAAACAGCGCACUUACCGAUGACAUGGAAGAGUCCAUAUCUCACGACUCUGAAAUAUUAAUCCCAGGGAAUCAUGAUGACAUGCAGGACCAUGAGCAAGAUGAUGCAAACCGCACUAUAAGCCCUUCCACAAGUAAUAACAUUCCUUUGAUGAGAGUGGUACAGUCUGUUAAACACACAAAGAGGAGAAGUAGCACUGUACAGAAGGAGGGGUGGAUGGUGCACUUCACCAGCAAGGACACUCUGCGAAAAAGACACUAUUGGAGACUAGAUAGUAAAUGCAUCACCCUCUUUCAGAAUGAUACAGGAAGCAAAUAUUACAAGGAAAUUCCGCUUUCUGAAGUUUUAUCUCUGGAACCUGGGAAUAACUUUAACUUAUUACCUGCUGGAGCCAAUCCUCACUGUUUUGAAAUUACCACCGCGAGUGUGGUGUAUUUUGUUGGUGAAAACCCGACUAAUCAUUUGAGUUCACCCAAAAACAACAGUGUGUUGACAGGUGGCACUGGGCUGGACGUUGCUCAGGUGUGGGAGUUGGCCAUUCAGCAUGCCUUGAUGCCAGUCAUUCCAAAGGGUUCAUCUUCAGGAUCGGUGCGUGGUCUGCACAGAGAUGCGUCCAUCAGCAUUUCAGUGUCAAACUGCCAGAUCCAGGAGAAUGUGGAUAUCAGCAUGGUAUAUCAAAUAUUUCCAGAUGAAGUACUGGGAUCCGGGCAGUUUGGAAUCGUCUAUGGGGGUAAACAUCGCAAGACAGGGAGAGAUGUCGCAAUCAAAGUAAUUGAUAAGCUAAGAUUCCCAACAAAGCAGGAAAGUCAGCUUCGGAAUGAAGUUGCCAUUUUACAGAAUCUGCAUCAUCCUGGUGUAGUGAAUUUGGAAUGCAUGUUUGAGACUCCAGAAAGAGUGUUUGUUGUCAUGGAAAAGCUCCAUGGAGACAUGUUGGAAGUGAUCCUGUCAAGCGAGAAAGGACAGCUGCCAGAACGCAUAACAAAGUUUCUUAUUACGCAGAUACUUGUUGCUUUGCGACAUCUUCAUUUUAAGAACAUAGUUCACUGUGACUUGAAACCCGAGAAUGUGCUGCUAGCAUCGGCAGACCCCUUGCCACAGGUCAAGCUUUGUGACUUUGGAUUUGCACGUAUAAUUGGGGAGAAGUCUUUCAGGCGUUCUGUGGUGGGAACGCCAGCAUAUUUGGCUCCAGAAGUGCUUCGGAACAAAGGUUAUAACCGAUCGUUAGAUAUGUGGUCUGUAGGCGUUAUCGUCUAUGUCAGUCUUAGUGGCACCUUUCCAUUUAAUGAGGAUGAAGACAUUCAUGAUCAAAUCCAGAAUGCUGCUUUCAUGUAUCCACCUAAUCCCUGGAAGGAGAUCUCCCUUGAAGCUAUUGACGUCAUCAAUAAUCUAUUGCAAGUAAAAAUGAGAAAACGUUUUACUGUGGACAAGUCUCUCAGUCAUCCCUGGUUGCAGGACUACCAAACAUGGCUGGAUCUACGAGAGCUUGAGUGCAAAUUUGGAGAACGCUACAUCACUCAUGAGAGCGAUGAUUCCCGCUGGGAACAGUUUGCUGGACAGCAUGGCUUGGAGUAUCCAACACAUCUAGUCAAUCAUAAAACAGUUUACAGUGAGAACACUGAGAUAGAGGAGACAGAAAUGAAGGCUUUGAGUGAACGUGUCAGCAUUCUUUGAAAGGAAAUAGAACUCAAAAGUAUUGUAACAAGAAUACCAGCAAGUGGAAGGAACCUUCAUCAAAUAAAUGCAACUCCUGCCCUAACCAUAGGAAGGAGGAAUGCUUGCUAAUUUCUACUGAUGACUGUAAACUUGCAAAGCAACUGCCAUUCUAAAACACAGUUUCAACCCCAGUUCUCAUACUCCAAUAAUGAAACUUUAAUGUACUAUUAAGACUCUUUCAACUUUGGCAAGUUUACUUAUUGCAUUUCAAGCAGCAUUGUGCAUAUAUGUUUAUGUGUAGGCGACUAUGUUCUGUACACCCUGUGCUAAUGGCAAGCACUAAAUCUAUAACUUGCAAGUUAAUAGAUUGUAUUUUUUUCUCAUUCCAUAAACAGUUUCCAGUGUGCCUUCACUGGUGACUAUUUCCAUCUAUCUACAAUGCACCCCAGUCAGGGGGGAGAACUAAUUUGUAAAUUUUGCUUUAUAAAGUGUUUUUAACCUCUUUCAGUAUUUAGCUCUAUGCCAACUCUUGGAAGAGUAUAACAUUAUAGCUGUUCUGUGAACAAUUUUCAGCUUGUUAAGAACAAAGGAUUUAAAAAAAAAAUCAUGUAACCUUUGGGAUAUCCACGUCCAAAAUGUAUAGCUUAUCAGCAACAAACUGCAACAAGGAGUAAUACUCAAGAUGUACAGUGAUUGAAGACUUGUUUUAUGUACAAAUGUCAGCUGCUCUUGUAAGCCUUAAUGCCUUAGUUAUGGUGACUCAUACAGGAUUGGUCAGGUUGAAUUCUGCUACUUUCUUUAUGUUGUAGCAUUUUAACUAAAAAUUGCUUGAUACCAUGUGACCUCUGUUUAAAUGGUUUGAAUUAAUUAAA